AUGCCGCUCACGAAACGCUCUGCCAGGAAGUGGAAUUACGGGCACGUAUCUGUAGCGAAAGAGCAGUCUCUGACAUUAAACAAGCCAGGUUCUAUUCGACAUCGUACGUUUGAUAAGCUAAGCGAGUUUCAUCUGGGAUGGUUAUCGAGGAGCUCACGGCAAACAAAGCAGAAUGCCGCCCGACACCAGCCCGACGCCGCUGCGAAGCGAGAUCGCGCCUGCGCAGCGGCGGACGUGGUCGCGUCGCCAAAACACAUUGCGCGCCUCUGGCUGGUGGCUUGCAGAGCGCUCGUACCAGGGGAGGCGGGCAGUCACCCAAUGGAGGAGUAUCGGUUGCCAGACGUCAGUUUAGUUGUAGAGAGCAUUCAUUCUAAUGAGAAAAAAACGCACGAAGUGGAACUCUAUGCAAACUGGAAAGCUAGCACGGAGCCACCGAACGUGGGGCGCGUGCUGGUCGUGCCGUCAGCACGCUGCCCGUACCGCCUCUUCGAUCCGAACAUGUACCACACGGCGGUUUGUGCUACUCGUAUCACGUUCGCCGACGGGGUCAACGGAAAACUGUACUAUCGUGGCUACGAUGUCGAAGAUCUGGUACGCCGAACAGCUGAUCCACGCAAGCCUACCGCCACGUUCGAAGAAGUGGCUUUCCUGCUUAUCAACGGCGAACUUCCGGACAGAGACGCGCUCUCGACAUGGAAAGAGCUGCUUCUGUCUCACACGUUCCUUCACGAGGAUAUCCUAGCACAGCUUCGAACGUUACGACACGAUGCACCGCCCAUGGGAUGCCUCAUCGCAGCGGUGAGCGCCCUGAGCACCUUCCACCCGGAAGCGAAUCCCGCCCUCCGUGGUAGCCAGCUCUAUCGCAACGAUGAGAAAGCACGGAACAAACAAGUCUACCGCCUUCUGGGGAAAGUAGCAACGAUCGCUGCGUGCGUCUGGCGUGUGCGAAUCGGGCGCCAAUUCAUCCCGCCGCUUUCUGGCGAGCAGGUACGCCCCCGGGAGCGCACGGCCGCUCGAGCUCCAACGGAUCGGCAACAAGAGCAGGAGCCCGGCGAUGCCCCCAUUGGCUACGUCUCUAACUUUUUAACCAUGCUCGACGGAUGCCAGCCGAAUCCGGUCCUCGUAAAUAUCGUCGAACGAGCCUGGAUCGUGCUCGCCGACGACGGCCUGAACUGUGCCGCUGGGGUGCUUCGCCACGUGGCGAGCUCUGGCGCGGAUCCAUACGUAUGUGUAGCAACUGCCAUGGCAGCGAUCUACGGACAGCGCAUCAGCGGUGUCGGAAUGGCGGUGAUGCGGAUGCUUACGGACAUGCACGCGUACCUCAGGAGCACGGGUAUGUUGGAUGAGACCCACGAGAAGCAGCUGUCCUGUCUGAAUUCGUAUUUGCAGGAGCGUUACAUUCUCACAAAGCGACGGCUUCAGGGAUUUGGGCACGUGAAUUAUAAGAAAUACGAUCCUCGAGCGCGGGUAUUACGCGAGCUGUGUCUCGAGGCAGAGGCUGCUGUCCAGGAGCCGGAGCCUUUGCUGCAAACAGCGCUUCUUCUAGAAGAGGUGGUCACGAAUAACAUCUGGUUCACUUCGCGAGGCGUUUGGCCGAACGUCGAUCUAUAUUUGCCAUUGCUUCUUCGUAUUCUUGGUCUCCCGCUUGAAUUCUACGCGGUUUUCGUAGCAGUACCACGGACGGCUGGCUGGAUCGCUCACUGGCUUGAGCAACUUGACGAUGCCGACGUACGCAUCUAUCGACCGCGGCAGCUUUACUCGGGCCCGCCGCUGCGCCCCUACGUACCGAUGGAGGAUCGAGUCGAGGAUGUGCUUUCGUCUUUCGCAGAGGACGGGCAGGAUGCAGGCUCCGACCAAGAUGAUACCGCGCAUGUGCUCCGGGAUGGAAACGCACGACGGUAUGGAGCAAACCGUCAAUGCAUGCUCAGAGGCCAGAAUGUGCUCAAUCGUAUGGUUCGUUCUGUUUCCAUCUACCGCAGAAGAAGCUAUAUUGAAUGA